UUAGAAUAUUAGGCUAUUCAAUGUUUUAAAAACGUAGUUUGUAGCAAAGGCGAAUGAACCCAAAUCGAUAUCUAGUGCAUGUUUUAAGCUUAAAAUAGUUGUAACGAUUUACACGAUUGCACAACCAUUACGGUAGACACCUGGAUUAUACACCUGAAAAGACAUCGUGAAAAUGGGUAAAGAAAAGAUCCACAUCAACAUUGUUGUGAUUGGUCAUGUGGACUCUGGCAAGUCCACCUCAACUGGUCACCUGAUCUAUAAAUGUGGUGGUAUUGAUAAAAGAACCAUUGAGAAAUUUGAGAAAGAGGCUGCUGAGAUGGGCAAAGGUUCCUUCAAGUAUGCCUGGGUGUUGGACAAACUGAAGGCAGAAAGAGAACGUGGUAUCACCAUCGAUAUUGCUCUGUGGAAAUUUGAGACCACUAAAUACUAUGUCACCAUUAUUGAUGCCCCAGGCCAUCGUGAUUUCAUCAAGAACAUGAUUACAGGAACCUCGCAAGCUGACUGCGCUGUAUUGAUUGUCGCCUCCAGUACUGGAGAGUUUGAGGCGGGAAUCUCCAAGAACGGUCAAACAAGAGAGCACGCCCUGUUGGCUUACACCCUUGGUGUGAAACAAUUAAUUGUGGGAGUUAACAAAAUUGACAACACGGAACCGCCUUACUCGGAGGCAAGAUUUACUGAAAUAGAGAAAGAAGUUUCUGCCUACGUUAAAAAGGUCGGUUACAAUCCAAAAGCAGUAGCAAUUGUUCCUAUUUCCGGUUGGCAUGGUGACAACAUGUUAGAGCCUUCUAGUAACAUGCCCUGGUACAAAGGAUGGAAAAUUGAGAGAAAGAACGUGGACGGGAAAGAAGAAAAAGCUUCCGGCCUGACAUUAUUUGAAGCCCUGGACUCCAUUGUGCCACCGAGCAGACCGACUGAUAAGCCCCUUCGUCUACCACUUCAGGAUGUAUACAAAAUUGGAGGUAUUGGAACAGUGCCAGUUGGAAGAGUUGAAACUGGUAUACUCAAGCCUGGCAUGGUAGUAACGUUUGCGCCAUCACAACUCACUACCGAGGUGAAGUCGGUUGAAAUGCACCACGAGUCUUUACCAGAGGCAACACCCGGUGACAACGUGGGCUUUAAUGUAAAGAAUGUAUCUAUCAAGGACAUUAAGAGAGGGAACGUUUGCGGUGAUUCAAAGAAUGAUCCACCGAAAGGUGCCAAGAGCUUCACUGCCCAGGUUAUUAUUCUUAAUCACCCAGGAGAAAUUAAGGCGGGGUACGCACCUGUUCUCGAUUGUCAUACAGCACAUAUCGCCUGUAAAUUCGAGGAACUUAAGCAGAAGAUAGAUAGACGUUCAGGAAAAAAUCUCGAGGAAAAUCCUAAACUCCUCAAGUCUGGAGAUGCAUGUAUUGCAAUCCUGUGUCCAUCUAAACCAAUGGUGGUAGAAGCAUUCUCAGAGUAUGCCCCCCUGGGGCGCUUUGCUGUCCGUGACAUGCGACAAACAGUUGCUGUUGGUGUGAUCAAAGAGGUGGAGAAAUCAGAAGUUUCUGGCAAAGUGACAAAGGCUGCACAAAAGGCUACCGGAAAGAAGAAAUAACCAAACUUUUUUUUAUCAGAUAUGAAACAUGUAAUAAAGACAUUUGACUUUAAAAAAUGAACUGAAGUGCGUUAAAGUUUCUUUUCAGUUUUUUUUCCUGAUUUAUUAUUAAUGAUACUCUUGAGUUUACAAAAAUAAAAAUACCUGUUUAAAGGCUAAAAAGUAUGCAGUAAACUCAGAAGACUACA